AUGAACCCAAGCAAUUUCGGCUUUUCUGUCUUGAACCGCCUUCCUUUCCUCCACCUUCUGACUCUCAACACACUCCCGUUUUUUUUUUCACUUUUGAAAUCACUAAUUUUUUUUCAAGGACGUCAUCAGAAGAUCCAUCAUUUCUUUGCAUUCUUCCUCCUUCACACACUAUCUUUCCUUCUAAUCAUCUCUCUUUCUCCUCUCUUCUUUAUUCCUUUCUCCUCUCUUCUUUCUCCUCCUCUUUUCUUCUUUCUCCUCUCUUCUUUUACAUUUAAACGCCUUUCUCCUUCCUCUAUCUUUAUUUUCUCUUUUUCCUUCUUCAUUACUGUUUUCUUCAACAAUUUUUUCGCUUUUCUUUAUUUCUUUUCUUCUUCUGUUGUCAUUCCUUCAAAUUCGAUUCCCGUCUGCUCUAUUUUGAGUUCAGCCUUACUCUUCUCUCACUCCAGCUAUUUCCUUUUUCUCUUCGUUCUUUCGAUACCAUUUAUUCGAUUUUUGUAUUUGUCCCUGUUUUCCUUCUUCCCCGCCUAUGUUGAUUUCCUUUCGCUACCCCGCUUUUUUCCUUCUUCAUUUACUCUCUUGAUGUUUCUUUCUCAACUUCUUUUCAUCUUUCUCUCUCUCUCUAUCUCUCUAUCUCUCUCUCUCUCGCUAUUCUUCCACUUUUCUUUCCUAUUUCUUCAUACUUUCACUUCCUUCCGCUUUUUCGAUAUCAAUUUGUUUUAUUCUUUCUUUCAUCACAUACUCUGUUUUUUCUUCUUUCCAUUCAUGCUAAUCUCUUAG